AUGGCGAAUAUUUUCACCCGACUUAUUCCCGGCAAAGGCCACAACAGUGUACCGCAAGGCGGGACAAGAAGCACUGUUGUGGUCCCGCUGUACAUAUAUCCGUUGAGCGAAGAAACAUAUGCGCCUCUGUACGCAGCUCCUUCCAUCAGCAUCCGCUCGCACCCCGAACUGAGGUUUCUAGUCAUCCUAAAUCCCAACUCCGGCCCCGGUGCGCCGCCCUGGUGGCCAGAUCCCGGCUACGUGCGUGAAAUCCCGCGUUUGAAUGCACAUGCCAAUGUCACCACGCUCGGAUAUGUUCGCAUUGACUACUGCAAACGCUCGCAGGGGGACGUCGUGGACGACAUACGAGCGUAUGGACGGUGGGCAGCGGACGAGCAGCACCCGGGAACUCUGGUCCGCGGUAUCUUCUUCGACGAGACGCCAAAUCACUACACCGGCCAGGCGGCCAGGUACUUGGAGGAGAUCAGCCGCGAAGUACGCACGGCGACGGGAAUUGAUGUCCCUCGUCUUGUAAUGCACAACCCGGGCACAUCACCCGACCAAAGGCUCACGUCUUUAUCCAAGCCGGACGUCACGGCGGUGUGCGAGGAAAGUCUGGAGAAAUACCGCAGCUACACCGUCCAACAGCAAACCUCGCUAAGAGCCUUGCCUCGCACCCAACGCUGCAUAAUCAUGCACACGGUGCCACAGUCGCAGAUUCCGACAUUGGUCCGCGAGCUUAGCCGCGAAGCUGCCUACUUGUUCAUUACCGAGUUGGGAACGGGUGUCUACUACCAGAAAUGGGGAUCUGGGUGGGAGGGUUUUGUUCGUUCCAUGGCGCAGCUGGGCGCAUGA